CAUUGUAGGUCCCUCGAGGUCACGCCGCGGGGAAACAGCGCCCCUUUCGCCGACUCUGCGAAACGACACGUCUGCUUUUGUCAGUCAUCACUAGGCAGUCGAGUCUACUCCGCCAUAGGCGUCGUGGUCGUGCCAGUCCACAGGCGUAGUUCGAGAUCGCAGCUACAGUUGAUCACAGUAGUGUAGUAGUCAAUCAACGAGACGGAAGCUUAUACCCUAACCUAACCUUUUAGUUGUCCGGCCCGCGCGCUGCUUGCCAGCCCAGCCGCCUGAAUGUAGAUCCGCAUGGGCCACCACUACCGCACUCUCUCUCUCCAAAUAACCGAGCGGAGUCGUGAGAUAAGGAUCCCAGGAUGGUGUUAGUGCAUGUCGGAUACCUGGUUCUCCCUGUAUUCGGCUCAGUAAGAAACAGAGGAUCCCAUUUUACACGGCAACAGCAGCAGCAGCACAGCCAUGCUACCUCUUGCCGACACUUCCAGCUAGGCCCCCAGGCCCCGAUGCCCAUGGACUUCCCCAUGCCCCACCCGGGCCAGCCGCAGUCGGGCAUUAAUCCCCACCUGGCCCCGCCCGGCCACCAGCACGGAGCCCCGCUACACCACCCGCCCCACAACACCAUGCCCACACCCCAAUUCCAGGACAUCCCAGCCCCUCCCUUCUUACCUCAGGCAUUACACCAGCAAUACCUCCUCCAGCAGCAGAUCCUCGAGGCCCAGCACCGACACAUCCUACCACCAAACAGUAGACGCACAUCAGAGAGGGUUCCUCACCAGCCUCACAGACUGCGUCCAGGUUAUGAGUUCGCCCCGCCUCUACACGUUCCACCACAAUCUGUGGUGCAGCAACCCCGCUACCUGGCCGAGGGCACAGACUGGGAUCUAAGUGUGGACGCAGGACUCCCACCACACCAGUACCACAUCCACCCACUGCCGCAGCACUAUCAGCACUACCUGACCUCUCCCAGGAUGCACCACUUUCCCAGGAACAAUGCUUCAACACAAGUGGUCGUUCACGAGAUCCGAAACUAUCCGUACCCUCAGCUACACCUGCUGGCGCUGCAGAGUCUCAACCCCUCACGCCAUGCAUCCGCCGUCAGGGAGAGCUACGAGGAACUUUUGCAGCUGGAGGACCGACUAGGUAGCGUGAACCGUGGUGCGGUCCAGACCACCAUUGAGAGAUUCACUUUCCCCCACAAGUAUAAGAAGAGAUUCCCCCAAGACCUGAAGAUGUGUCUGGAUGAUGAGGAGCUGGAUACGGACGAGAAGUGCACCAUUUGUCUGUCCAUGCUGGAGGACGGAGAGGAUGUCAGGAGAUUACCCUGCAUGCACCUGUUCCACCAGGCGUGCGUGGACCAAUGGCUGGCGACCAGCCGAAAGUGCCCCAUCUGCAGGGUGGACAUUGAAACCCAGCUCAACCCUGACAGUUGAUAGCUGCUUCCGCCACCCGCGGCCACAUCCCACAAUCCUCCACUCUCUCUCCUUGGGGGAGUUUCGCAAGGGGGGGCCUCCUCGCUCCCCCUCUUUUUCUGUGGGGGGGGCAGGGUAGGAUCAACAAAGCACAUACAUACAUAUGCACACACUUACAUGCAGAACACAAGCAGGGAUGCGAUGGACACGUUUUAAGACUGGGCUGACUUAGUGGAUGUAAAACAAAAGGGUGGGAGUGGCCAUUAACGGAUGUGCUGAGUCAUGCUGAGUGCGCUCCCUCUCCUCACACAGACACGCACACACCCGCACGAGCACAUCUGUACAAAACAUUACACAAAAGCAUGAUUGGUGUGUAGCCCGACGCUUGUGGUGUGCUUUAGUACUGAUUGAGUAUUUACCAAGUAACAGUGUUGUGUAGCAACUUGAGAGUUUGUGUGACGGAUAGCCUACCUUUAGGAAACCUGGCAGGGGGAGAUUCAUAAUAGUGUGCGUUGUAUGUACAAAGGCCAAAAAAAGCGGACAACCCGCGCCUUCUUUUGUGUUGUGUUUUGGUUUACAGUGAACCGCCAUGUGUCGCACGGGACAACAAUAUGUGAAAAUCUGUGAUUUAGAGGGACCAUAUAAUAACACUUUUUAAAAUAUAUAUAAUUGUUUAAGCCCAUUAAUGCUUUGAAUACAGUACAUUUAAACUUAGCCUUUGUUCUCACUCUCGCUGUCAAGAAAUGGGAGAGUACUGUAUAGCAUCACUUUCAGGAAACAAAAGGACAACUUUAACUCAAACAACUUUAAAAUACUUCCAUGUUAAAGUUUGCUUUAAAAACCCAUAAAACAAAAAAGAUGUGCAUUUGAAUUUCAAAAUGUUCAACCAAACGUUAUACUUUUAACUAAUGAAUGUCUGCUAGCUUAAUGCUAACAUAUAAGUACGAUGUGAAACACCAUGGGCUAGCUAACGGUAAUUAUCUUAUGGUAAUUACUAGUGUAAUCCUUUAAGCAACUGCUACUUUGACGCAUACAAAACAGCAACACAUACAGAAUACAGAAUGAACAUAGAACAAUUCUCACAGGCGUAAAAUAUACUCUCAGAACUUGCUCUUAAUUACGCUGCAUUCCUGCCAGUCGAUCUCAGUGCUGCCCGGCCUGCUGUGGCAAAAUGCGGCACUACUCCGGAGACUCUAAACUCGGGUUUCACUGUAAAAACAUAAUUGAAAAACCAUCCAAAAUCCACAACAUAGCGCUUACACUGCUAACUUCAGGCAUGGCUUCCAGUGAUGUGUGUUGUGUCGUAGUGGGUAGCAGGGCGGCGGACCCCAACCACCCCACCGCCCCUCCAUCUUUCAGGUGUGCAUGCAUGUGUGGCAGGCUUGUGGGCUGUGACGUGCUCAUUGUGGUCGUAGUGGUGCAAAGUAGACGCAGGGACCCCCUUCUUCCCAGCCCCCGAAAUCCUCUUCGACACACACUCAGACACCAACCUUGGACCCCCGCAUUGGGGACCGUGUGUGACAAUUACGCUGCCGUCUUGCCUCGAGAUGAGUGACAUUUCUCAGAACCUUAUUGCCUACCGAACAAGCACAUGUGACUUUUGAGAUUCGUCUUGUUAUUUUUUGCCAUAAUUUUACUCUCAUUUCAGUCUCAGUUGCGCCCGAUCACAUGCAAGUGGUGUUACAGGGGAAACAAAACAACACACUAAUUUGCUUGCGUUUGUUUGAAUGCUCACUUCCUUCACGGUAAUACUGUAAUGGCCUGUGUGUUUGUGCGUGUGUAAGCGUGUGUGUGACUGAGUGAGUGAGACGCAUGUAGUUUUAGGGCGAAAGGGAUUAAAAGCCAUCCAUUUUGAAAAAAAACCAAACAACCAAACAAUUAUUCUUUACAUUGUCUUCUGAGUUCAGUCAUCUUGCCAUUUUAGUUUUAGUUCACAUGCCAAUUUGGACAUGGUACUUAAACACCUGCUCUGUGUCCACGUUACAUUGAAGAGAAUUAGCUGCAAUGCUGCAAAACUGACAAAACAUAUUUAUUGUAAUGUAGCUUGUGUUUUUCUUUUUGUAAAUGCACUAUCAUAUGGAGUUGUCUGUUUUUUUCUAUUUGUCUUGGUCGUGUGCGCGUGGGUUCUUCAUGUCUUAGGGGUGUAUGUUUUGGUUCGAUUCCAAAUAUUUUCAUGCUUCCCUGUGUGUUCUUGACCAGGAUGUGUUAGGGCCACGCUGGAAUCAUAAGGUCAAGGAGUAAAAUAUAAUGUGAAUAAAGAGGGGAAAAAGUUGUAAUUUUAAAUGAGUAAAGCUUAACAGUCAAUGAUAUUUGAAAAAUAAAACAUUUAAAGUAGUAAUGCUAUGAGAUUUCAUAGUUUUGUAGUUUUUGUAACCUGUUUUUCUUUUUCUAUACUACAGCCUCUUUUAGCUUAAACUGACCUUUUUUUCUAUCAAUAUAUAAUUUUUUCCAUGUAAAAGGAAGAUAUUUUGUUUAAUUGGUAACAUUGCAACUUCAUUUUCUUUUAGUGAACUUGAAUUCCUCCUUGUCAUAGCACAUAGUGUCCCAAAAAUCUGUUUACUUCCUUUGCUUUAGUUUAAGGCAUAAUUCAGAGGCCAUCAGCAUUUAACGGCUUAGAAUUUAGGGAAUGUACAUCAUUAUCCAUGGCAAGUUUCUCAACAGAGGAUCUGUUUUUGACAAAUCACGCAGACAAAUCAUUCUUCGAUGCGUCUCUUGAACUUUCCCUGACUUUAUUGAAAAGCAUGCGUUAGAAGUUCAGUCUUUUUAUCAGUGAUGGCAGUAACAGGCUUUACUCAUGUGGUUUGUCAAGAACGUAUUCUCCUAGAGAAAUUUAGCAUGAGUAACGGAUUUGAACUGUGUUGGAACAGUGUGACAUCCAUCCAACCGUCUCUAUUGCUCUGCUUAACUGCUUAUUGCUGCAUUCUCACCAAAGUAAAACAGUCGUGCAAAAACGUGUUGCUCGCACUACGCCUGUCGCCAAAGUUUUGUGUUCACACAGACCUUCCACAUUGCCAAAAGUCAAAAUUCAGGAAACCAAACAACUUCAGGUUCACGUAAUGUAAAAAUAAACAAUAUAACGACUUUAAUCUCAUAAUAUGACAUUUUUCCUUGUAAAAUUACGAUUUCAGUCUUGUAGUAUUUAGCCAAAAGCUGUUUUGUGUGACACAGACCUUAAGUUGCCAAAAGUCGAAGCCCGUGAAACGACAACAACAAACAAGUUUUGGUUCAAGUAGAAUAAAAUAAACAAUAUAACGACUUUUUUUGGUAUUAUUAUUAUGUAUGACUUCAUUCUCGUAAUAUUACAAGUUUAAUCUUCUAAAAUUAUGAUUAUCAUCAUAGUUCAAUUUUUCUUUCUUUCUCCCUUUGGCCUUUUGUUAACUGGAUGUUGAGCCAGGCAUCCAGCUCGGCAGCUGAAGUCACAACAAUGAAAAAACAUUUGAUUGGCUGCUUCCUCUUCAUCGCUGAAAUUUGUUGCCAAAAGAUCAACCAAGCUGUCUUCUUUGCAGUGAAAAAAUUCAUCGCACGACAUCGCAGGGCAGGGCAAAUAUGGCCAAAACGGCCACAUUGUGUCGCUGCCUGUCGCCCUUCCACACGCGAUUACAUUGACUUUGUAUGGGAACCCAUGAGAUAAAACAUGACCAGUGUGAACACAGCAUAUAAUUUUGGUGAGUAAUGGGCAAGGGACUGAUAUGCUCACAGAAACGGUCAAAUGCUGAUGGCCUCAUGAUUACCUUAACUCAUUGGCUGCCAUUGAUGGUGCUUUCAACUAACAGUAUAAGGAUGAAAAGAUCCUCAUGAUUGGAUUUCUAUCAUCGUCAAUGGCACUGAAAGAGUUAAUACUACUUUUGUCAUGUAAGAUGAAGGGAGCAUGAAAAACAUGUAAUACUCCAAAUUAAUUCUCCAUUUUUGAAAAAAAAUCUCGCAAUCAUACAACUUUUUUUGCUCUCAAAUUGCUGACUUUCUACGGGUCAAAAAUGGACCUAUUUGUUUUGUUGUUGCUGUUCCCGUCAGCGUGGCGCUACCACUGCUUGGUUGUUGUUGGAUAAUAAUCAGAUUGUGUUUUUUUUUUUUCCUCACAUGUGAGACCUCCAUAAAAAAAAAAGUAAAACAAAAAUCACAAACAAAACGUGCUGAAAUAAAGGGAGGUUCUGCUAGUUCACAUAGAAUGCUGUGAUUUAAAGAUGCCUUAAGUAUUUAACAAUCAUUAUUUAUUACUAACUGUAGCUAGCUAGCUAUCGUGGUGGAAUAUUUAAUGUCUCAUAACUUUGCAAUUUAAUGGAUAUAUUUAUUUAAAAUAAGACAAAAAAUAUGAAAAAAAGAAUACCUCAUUAUGCAUUGGGUAGGUGGGGAUGCUUCUGCAUGCCGUCUGUGUGAUUAUGAUUUUAUUAUUAUUAUUUCUCCCCCCCUCCCAGAAAAAAAAAUGUAACGUGGAAGAUUUUUUAAGCCAGCAUGGUGCUGUUGAUCUAGAUGACAUUCCCUUUAGGUUCCCUGCUUUUGAUCGGAGACACACUUGUCUUAGUAAUUGCUCUUUUCGCCAUACGAUGCUGCUUGGUAAUUAAUUCUUCGUAUUUUGACUUCACAUUGCUGACAUUCAUAUCUGGAUCCAGAGGCGGCGUGUUGCCCUUUGUAUUGCUGGCUUGUUGCUUGGUGUACUUGUAGGGGGGGGUGUAUCUUACUUACUUAACAUGCUAACUUGAGCCAUUAUCGACAAAUAUAUAUAUAUUAAAAAAAAAAACAACAACUGCAAAUAUAAAUGGAGUGUGGACAUAAUAAGCUAACUUUUCAGUGUGCUUUUCCUAUCAAUACUAAUAAUUCUUUUGGAAAUUAAAAAAAAAAAAAAAAAAAAAAAAAAGGGAAACUAAGUAUUGGAAUUGAAUGAAGCUGGCUGGUUUUGACUAUUUAUUAUUAUUGUUGAUUUUUUUUUUUUAUGUUGAGCAUUUUUGAAUGACGAUUUGUGUGUUCUCACUGGCCUUAGCCCGCGCGCCCGCCACAGUGUACGCCCGCCGUGUGUUGCUCCCAAGCCAAGGGGAGCGUAGCCAUAGUAUUAAAUGAAGUCCAGCCGACGAAACAGUAGAACUUUGAAAGCACAAGCUUUUUCAAUGCAUGUCCUUCUCAGGUUUUCCUAUGUGUAUGUGGGAGUAGCUCUGUUUAGAUGUCUUUCAUAUGAUGCUGUAUAUCUUCUUAAAUAUUUCUUUCUUUGCUGCUGACAGUAAACAAAAACAUCAAAAACAAUGUGGAUUAUGAUUAUUAACCUGCCAGUGAAAAAGGGAAGUGGCCAUCUUUGUACAACACACUGCUGUUUUGCUGUAACCGCGCAAUGUUUUAUGAUCUUGAGUAUUUUAUAGAGAAGUAGAAGUAUGUAUCAUCAAUAAUAUGAAAGCAAUAGCUAAAUCAUAAUGAAGAAUAACAUUGAUCAGUGAUGAAUAUUGUGGAGAGAGAAAAAAAAAGAACCUUUAGAUUCACUCUGGGUGGAUUUUGUACUGUAUUUAUUACUAAUGACAAUGCAAAAAGUUGCAUAGCUUAACCCAAACUGUUCUGUCUCUUUUUUUAUUUAUUGUCUUGUAUAUGAUCUUUUUCUAUGUGUUUUUCAAAUAAAACGCUUAAAAUGCAGACAACAAACGCACCUUUUUCUGACUCCUUUAUUCAUAGUCUCUCACUUAAUUUAGGACACGUUUACACACUCAGUCAGAAACAUUUAUGGACUUUGUCUUAUCAAAAACGAAUUACUAAAUAAAUGUACAGAGGCUUGGUUUUAACAGGUUGAAAUGAUGUUAAAAAACAUUUUUUUAAAUUCCAUAAUAGGGUGCCAUAGUUUGUAAACUCUAGAAAAUGCAAUUUCUGGAAAAAUCAUGUGAAGAAGCUUUGCUCCCUCUCUCUCCUAUAGGUCAGAAUUAAUAUUCAUUCAUUCGCCCUGCUCAGUCAAAAUGGAUUGGACGUCUUGUGCCGUCAGUGGCCGCCAAUGAGUGACCUAUGAAGAAGAAACUAAAAGUUUUUGUUUUUUUCCCAUUUUUUGAUAGUUGUUUUUUUUUUUUUAAUUGUGGUUUUGUCGUUUUUUUGUGGUUUGUCAGCUUUUGUGUUUUUUUUUUUAAACGCAGUUUUCAGCAGUUUUGCAAUUUCCCACUAGUUUUCUCUCUGUCAUUUUUGUUUUACCACAUUUUCCCCGUUUACCAGGGUUUUUUCCGACUUUUCCGCGGUUUUUCGAUUUUCCAUAUUUUUCUUUUUUUUCACGGGAAGGAUGUUUGCAUUGUUUUAGGACAAUUCUAGGUCACUUCUGUAAAUUUGGGGGCUUUUUCAGGCCACUUCUUGUUAAUAUCGGGCCAUGUUUUUCCACUUGAAAUGAACGAGUGCAUUGGAAAUAUAUUUUUGUCAAAUUUUGGUAGAACCGUAUGUUUUUGGCAAAAACGGUAUACAACUUCUGUGCGUCUUGAAAUCCUGAAAUUUAGAUGUGUAAAUUAUUUGAAUUGGAUAUUAAAUA